AUGGCGGACGAGGAGGACUACGAUGUGGAGCUGAAUAAGAACGAGGUGAGUAAAAUCGAACGUCCGGAACGGCUGAUCGAAAUUCUCCAGCACGACACAAGCCGGGCGCUCACGGGGGAGAUGGCAGAACACGCGCAGGCGGUGCUCGACUUCAUGCCGGCCGAACACACCUACAAGGAUGUAGCGGUGAAAUUGAAGCGUCGACUUGACGACACGUACGGCGGAACCUGGCAUGUCAUUGUAGGCAAACACUUCGGCGCUAACGUCACGAAUGACGAUAACACGCUCAUCAACAUGAAGAUCAAUGGUGUGUACUUCUUAGCCAUGCGCUCUGGUCCACCGGAUCGGCCGCACGAUAUUGCUGAAAAUGAAGCCGUCACGGUGGAGUAA